AUGUUGAAAAGUCGUGAUGUGAUCUACUCUCGUGCCGAGGGGAAUGCUGUUGUGAUCAUGGAUAAGCAAGAUUACGAUUCACGUGUCCUAGACAUGAUCGAUGCUGGUCCAUAUGAAAAAAAUAAAUUCAAAAAUGGAAAACAAAAAGAUCCCCUAAAUGGCGUGAUCGAGGAAGCAAAUUUGGCGAGACAUAGUGUAGCACGGCUGAUGGGUGAGGACAAACUCGAACGGAAAUUUCAUGUCCCUAACCCGAUUGUGGCACAACUGUAUUGUUUACCGAAGAUCCACAAAAAUCCUGUUGGAAUGCGACCCAUCUCCUCAAACAUCCGAACGCCCACGGAAAAAAUGGCCGGGUGGUUGGUGGAGGAGUUGAAGAAAUAUCCCGUAACCCACGGAAGAAGCAUUAAAAAUUCCGUGGAUCUUAUAAAACAGCUUGAAGGAUUUAAGGUAAGACGCGGGGAAAUUUUAGUUUCGUUCGACGUUGCAACCCUUUUCCCUAGCGUACCCGUCGUGGAAGCUUUAAAAAGUCUACGCCGACACUUAGAACGAAGUCGUGCGCCCCAUCAUUGCAUCGAUGCUUACCUUCUUGUUGCCGAAGUGUGCAUGAAACAGAAUUUUUUCGCUUUCAGGGGAAAAAUUUACAGGCAAACGUUUGGGUUAAGCAUGGGUAGCAAACUUUCACCGCUCCUAGCAAACGUCUUCAUGAGUGACUUCGAGGUUGAGAUUGCAAAAGAUAAACUUUUCCCUCGAACAUGGAUACGAUAUGUUGAUGAUAUUUUCGCAUCGGUGAAGGAACAUUACCUAGACCGAACGCUUGCCAUGCUAAACUCUCGACACAAUUCUAUUACAUUCACUUGUGAAAAAGAACAAGAUGGAAAAUUGCCUUUUCUGGAUUUAGAGAUCACCAGAAAAGAAGAAAACACUUUAAAAUUUGGAAUCCACCGUAAACCAACUUCCACUAACCGCUUCAUAACAAGCGAUUCCAACCAUUUUGGUGGACAAAAACAAGCCGCCUUCCACUCCAUGGCACACCGCCUUUACAAUGUCCCCAUGGAAAAAGAAGAGUUUGCCAAGGAGAAAGAACAGAUUUACAAAGCGGCUACAGUAAAUGGUUAUGAAAAGGAAUUUGUCGAGAAGAUUUUCCGAAAACAUAAACGCAAGAAAUACACACGAGACAUCACAACACUACAACCGGAGAUAGACGACAUAAAAAGAAUAACUCUACCUUUUUACCCCAAAAUCACGAACCCCAUCAAAAACACGCUCAAACGGCAAGGACUACACAUAGUGUACAAAAGUGGGAAUACACUCCGUGAUUUAUUGUGUAACCUCAAGGACAAGAUUCCUCCCGAUGAGAAACCCGGGAUCUACGAAAUACCGUGCCUAGAUUGCCCCGCUGUAUACAUCGGGCAAACUCGCAGGAAAAUAAAGGUACGCAUAAGGGAGCAUAAAACAGCGGUGGAGAACAACAAAUCGAACGAAUCAGCAGUAGCGGCACACACCACCAGCCUCGACCAUAAAAUCGAUUGGACGAAAGCAAAGCUGAUUAAAUAUGUCCAAAAUUCGUCACAACUUAACGCAUGGGAAUCAAUGUUCAUCAGCAACUCCCAGAAGCCGCUGAUGAAUGAAGACGAUCCACCCAUCACAUCGUGCUUGUACAACUUGACGGAGCUGAGAAUUCAGUGA